CUCCCGCGGGUGGCUCGGCGCUCUCCCGGAGGCGCUCCCGAGCCGCCGCGGACGCCGCCAACAUGGCCGAGACGAGCGAGGAGGUGGCGGUGCUGGUGCAGCGGGUGGUGAAGGACAUCACCAACGCCUUCAGGAGGAACCCGCACAUAGAUGAAAUUGGCCUGAUCCCAUGUCCUGAAGCUAGGUAUAAUCGGAGUCCCAUAGUCCUGGUUGAAAACAAACUUGGCGUGGAGAGCUGGUGUGUCAAGUUCCUUUUACCGUAUGUCCACAACAAACUCCUUUUGUACAGAACAAGAAAGCAAUGGCUGAACAAAGAUGAACUGAUAGAUGUCACAUGCACCCUGCUACUUCUAAAUCCAGACUUUACCACUGCGUGGAACGUGAGAAAAGAGCUGAUCCUCUCUGGCACUUUAAAUCCAAUUAAGGACUUACAUCUGGGAAAACUGGCCUUAACUAAGUUUCCAAAGAGUCCAGAAACAUGGAUUCACAGGCGAUGGGUGCUACAACACCUAAUUCAGGAAACCUCCUUGCCUUCCUUUGUGACCAAAGGAAACUUGGGAAUAAUUCCUGCAGAAAGGACACAGCAACUAAUACGAGAAGAGAUGGAGGUCUGUGGUGAAGCAGCAGGGAGAUACCCAAGCAACUAUAAUGCCUGGUCCCAUCGCAUCUGGGUUUUACAGCACCUGGCCAAGCUAGAUGUCAAGAUUCUUCUUGAUGAACUAUCUUCUACUAAACACUGGGCGUCCCUGCAUGUUUCAGACCACAGUGGAUUUCACUACCGCCAGUUUUUAUUAAAGUCUUUGGUUAGCCAAACUGUGACAGAUGGUUCUACAUUGGAGCAAAAUACCUUGAGAAGUGAGCCAGCUAUAGUUCUUCCAAAAGAUGAAGAAGCAGUGGCUUCAGCAGAGGAAUCAAGGAUAAAUCUUCCCCAUCUUCUAGAAGAAGAAGUUGAAUUCAGCACUGAUCUUAUUGAUUCCUACCCAGGACAUGAAACCCUUUGGUGUCAUAGGCGGCAUGUAUUCUACCUUCAGCAUCACUUAAAUGGUAGGUUUCCUCACAGCGUGGUCCAGUUGUCACCUGUAGACAGCCCAGGGGGGACUUUGAGUGACUUGCACCUCAUCCCAGCAGGACCACACACAUCUCAGGCAAUGGAGGUGGAUGGACUCAGUGACUCUAGCAAGCAAGGCUAUUCCCAGGAAACCAAACGCCUGAAGCGGACCCCUGCUCCAGACUCCCUGGGCCUGGAAAUGGAGCACAGGUUCAUCGAUCAAGUAUUGUCCACCUGCCGGAACGUGGAGCAGGCCAGGUUUGCCACUGCAUACAGAAAAUGGCUGGUUACAUUGAGUCAAUGAAAGAGGUGGAUUAGUCCUGCAAGGUUCCCCUUUUAGUGCAAUAUUGCUUUCCUUUCUUAUUUACAUAGUUGCAUGAACUGUUUGCUAUUAUUGUCUAAUUAUAUGUGCUUCAUCUUUAGGUUAAAAGUCCACAGUAAACGUUUCAUUUUAUUUAUUUUGUUAAGAACUGGCAUUCCUUUGGGGAUAAAAUAAUUGUGUAGUUCCUUCCUGCUGAACAGUGAGUCUUAAUUUUUUUCUUUUAAACUUCUCAUCCUUUAUAUUCCUAUACUUGAGGCUUUUCUCAUUUGGUUCUCCAGAUUGGUUCACACACACCUCAACCCACCUCAGUGUGGUUGCUGCAUAGGCUAGUUUUUUUUUUUUUUUUAAUUAAAAAUUUAUGUUGUAGUUUAGCUUAAGAACAAUACAAAUUCAAAAUUACUUGAUCUGAUUGUUGUUUUGAGAAUCAAAUGGCCAGAUGGAUGGAUGUGUGAAAAUACACACCAUUUCUCUUUCUCUAGUAUGUUCUACUCAAGUCAUAGA